AUAUGUUCAUCAACAACAUUUGAUCUCAAGCUCAUAAGAAUUUGAUCUCCACAUUAUAUCUUGAUCGUCACCACAAGACAAAAACUCCCAACUUUAUUUUAUCAGCAAUCACAACAUAUAAUAAAAGAGAUGGGAAGAGCUCCAUGCUGUGAGAAGAUGGGGUUGAAGAGAGGACCAUGGACGCCUGAAGAAGAUCAAAUCUUGGUCUCUUUUAUCCUCAAGCAUGGCCAUAGUAACUGGCGAGCCCUUCCUAAGCAAGCUGGUCUUUUGAGAUGUGGAAAAAGCUGUAGACUUAGGUGGAUGAACUAUUUAAAGCCUGAUAUAAAACGAGGAAAUUUCACUAAAGAAGAAGAGGAUGCUAUCAUCAGCUUACACCAAAUCCUUGGCAAUAGAUGGUCAGCGAUUGCAGCGAAAUUGCCUGGAAGAACUGAUAACGAGAUCAAGAACGUAUGGCACACUCACUUGAAGAAGAGACUCAAAGAUUAUCAACCCGCUAAACCUAAGACCAGCAACAAAAAGAAGGGUACUAAACCAAAAUCUGAAUCCGUAAUAACGAGCUCGAACAGUACUAGAAGCGAAUCGGAGCUAGCUAAUUCAUCAAACCCUUCUGGUGAAAGCUUGUUUUCGGCGUCACCUUCGACGAGUGAGGUUUCUUCGAUGACACUCAUAAGCAACGAAGGACAUAGCAACGAGAUUAAUAUGGAUAACAAACCGAGAGACAACGGUACUAUAGAUCAAGAUUGUGUUUCUUUCGAAAAUUUUGGUGCGGACAUCGAUGAGAGCUUCUGGAACGAGACACUUUAUAGCCAAAGUGAACACAACUAUGCCUCGAAUGACCUAGAAGUGGCUGGUUUAGAUGAGAUAAAACAAGAGUUUCAACACUUAGGCUCCGUUAAUAAUGAGAUGAUUUUCGAUAGUGAGAUGGACUUCUGGUUUGAUGUAUUGGCGAGAACAGGCGGGGAACAAGAUCUCUUAGCCGGGCUCUAAUUAAAAUGUUUGAGAAUUAAGUAAAGUGAAAUGGUGCAA